CAACAAUGACGUACCUCGACAUCUCCGACAACGACAUUGGAGACGCCAAGGUUGAUCGCAUAGAGGAGGUUCGUUUCCCAGCGUCUCUCGAUAAUCUCUGCAUAAGCGAUAGCGAAAAGCUUUUCGUAGCAUACGACCCGGAGAAGGUUUUGUUUCCUCAGAGCAUGGAGUCUUUCGAGGGGUACAACACUGGCCGCCAACGCGAUAGGGAUUUUGCCGAGAACCCCAUUGGCCAAUACUUUGCUAAGCAGAUGGGAUUCCCUUUUCUGAUGGGAAUGGAUAUUUCUCUGGUUGAUGAGGUAGAACUGUUUACCAGUGGACGGGCCUAACAACUUGCAUAACCCGGACUUAGAUAUUGCCGAGGCAAAGCAAACCCAUGA